UGGGGGAAUCCGCCAAAUCAACAGUUGUGAGGUGGAAUCGGAGAAAAAUGAGCAGGGAGAAGACAACAGAAACCGUCGAUGAGGUUGAAGAGCUGCUGCGAGCCGCGGCGGACGAAACCCUUCUCCAGCUCAGCAUCGAUGCACACACUGUCCGAGGUUCUUCCGCCCAAUUCAUCGCUCCGGAUCUCGACCGACGCUUUCAAGCCCUAAAAUCCCAACCAAAAAGCUCCACAAUUCCUAACAAACACCGGAAGAUGCCGGCUCCUGCGGCAUCUUCGGCGUCAGAUGAUGUAAAGUUCCCCAAAAAUGUUGGCGAGGGCGAUGAUGAUGACCUGUUUGCUAGAUUCGCCGCGCUCAAGAGCUCACUCCCCUCUCACUCUUCUUCGGCUGGCAGUAUCAGCAAUCCCGGAAGGGAUGAGCCGGAGAAUGGAAAAGACGGGGAUGUCGAUGAUGAAGUCCAGAAGCUUAUCAACUGGGCUAUUGAUGCUGCCAGACUUGAUCCCUCUCCUCCUUCUGAUACAGAUUGUGAUAACGAUGAUGAUCUGGAUGAUAGCUCUGAUGAGGACGAAGAUGAUAAUGGUGGUACUAAAACAAAGGAGAAACGGAAAUGACCAGGCAAUGUAUGCCCAUAAGCUUACUUUCAACCAUACUAUAAUGUAAGUUCCACUCAAUUUAGUAUACCUCGGAUAUAGUCACUUCAUUCAGUUCAUUGUAUAUCUUCAUUACAUUUUACAGGAUGCUAAUGUCUGAGUUACUUUGAAUUUUAG